AUGGAUGAGGAAUAUGAUGUGAUCGUAUUGGGAACUGGGCUCACAGAGUGCAUUCUCUCUGGAAUCAUGUCUGUGAAUGGGAAGAAAGUGCUGCACAUGGACAGGAAUCCAUAUUAUGGAGGAGAAAGUUCCUCUAUUACUCCUUUGGAGGAGCUGUACAAGCGUUUUGACCUUCCAGACAGCCCUCCAGAAUCAAUGGGUCGUGGAAGAGACUGGAAUGUUGACCUCAUUCCCAAAUUUCUUAUGGCUAAUGGCCAGCUAGUAAAGAUGCUGCUGUACACAGAGGUGACUCGCUACCUUGACUUCAAAGUGGUAGAGGGAAGUUUUGUCUACAAAGGCGGAAAGAUCUACAAGGUUCCCUCCACUGAGACUGAAGCUCUGGCCUCAAACCUAAUGGGGAUGUUUGAGAAGAGAAGAUUCCGGAAGUUUUUAGUGUUUGUGGCCAACUUUGAUGAGAAUGACCCCAAGACCUUCGAAGGCGUUGAUCCCAAACUCACCACGAUGGGAGAUGUGUAUAAAAAAUUUGACUUGGGCCAAGAUGUCAUUGAUUUCACAGGCCACGCCCUGGCACUCUACAGAACAGAUGAUUAUCUCGAGCAGCCCUGUCUGGAGACCAUCAAUCGCAUCAAGCUAUAUAGUGAGUCUUUGGCUCGCUAUGGGAAAAGCCCUUACCUCUAUCCACUGUAUGGACUGGGCGAGCUGCCCCAGGGCUUUGCCCGGUUAAGUGCGAUUUAUGGAGGAACCUACAUGCUGAACAAACCAGUGGAUGAGAUAGUAAUCGAAGAUGGUCAUGUUGUUGGGGUGAAAUCUGAAGGAGAGGUGGCUCGUUGCAAACAGCUGAUCUGUGACCCCAGCUACAUUCCAGACCGAGCCCGUAAGGCUGGCCAGGUGAUCCGUGUCAUCUGCAUCCUCAGCCACCCCAUAAAGAACACAAACGACGCCAACUCCUGCCAGAUCAUCAUCCCCCAGAACCAGGUCAAUCGCAAGUCAGACAUUUAUGUGUGCAUGAUCUCCUACGCCCAUAACGUGGCCGCCCAGGGCAAGUACAUUGCCAUUGUCAGCACCACUGUGGAAACCUCUGAGCCUGAGGGUGAAAUCCAACCAGCCCUGGAGCUCCUGGAACCCAUUGACCAAAAGUUUGUGGCCAUCAGUGACCUGUAUGAGCCCACAGACGACGGCACGGAGAGCCAGGUAUUUGUGUCACGGUCCUAUGAUGCCACCACUCACUUUGAGACGACCUGUAACGACAUCAAAGACAUCUACAGACGCAUGACGGGCAGCGACUUUGACUUCGAGAACAUGAAGCGCAAACAGAACGACGUCUUCGGAGAGGAUGAGCAGUGA